CUUUUCAAAAUCUUACGACUUCAAAGAUUCCAAGUCUCUAAAUAUCAAGACAUGUUUCUGUGUAGACUGUUGCAGUUUUUGGCAAGCUCACUUCUCUUACAACAGUGUUCUUGUUUAAAGCAAUCGCGGUUACCACGACCGGGAAAUAGUAUCAUGUCCCCUAAAUCGUCUUUGACUUUUUUCCACGAUACAAAGCUGCUUAUUUUGCGCUAUCCACUCUUUGAUUCCUAUUUUCAUCUUGAUAAAUGCUCUUGAUUCGUUUCAAGUUGUCGAGAUAUGACGACCGUUGUGGAUAUUUAUGGGUCUUCAAAUAAUAGUUCCACUGUUUCAACAAAUGAGGUUUGCCAGUUUUCACUUAUUUCGUGCUCACCUAAUUGUGACGAAGAUCAUUUAUGCAAUAAAAAUGGUUUAUUUAUAUCUGAAUCCGUUCACGAUGAAUCGUUUCAAAGAUCACCAUCGUCUUUCAAGACACCAAGUAAAGAAGUUUCUUCUCCUGGAUCAUUUGAACUUCCAUCAAUGCCGAGUGAUAAAAGUAGCUCUCGUGAUUGUUCAGAUGGACAUUGUUCAGUAAACUUUUUAAUCUCUUCAGAUUUAACUGAUACUGAUCAUUCAAACAGUGCAUGCUCUCUCUCUCCAUGUCCUCAAUCUGUUGGACAUUGUUCAAAUGCUAAUGAUGAAUGUUCUAUCUUGUAUUCAGAUCGAAUGCUAGAAAGUGCCUUCUACAGGUCUGUACGUACAGACAUCAGUCUUGAUAACCGCGCCAAUUCACAUACAUUUCACCCGGGUUUCACAGAUACUCAAGUGUCACAAGAUACAUCAUUUAAAACUUCAUAUUCAUGUAACAAAACUUCUGCAUUUACGUCUUUUGGUUGCAACAAUUUGGAUAAUGCUCAUUCUUUUCAGUACAAAAACCACAGUAAUUCUCGUGGAUCUGAUUUUCAGCACUUGUGUGAAACUUGUAUUUCCUCCGACAAAAUAACUACGUCAAACAGCUCACCUUUAAAAGUUUGUUUUUCUGAAGCUGGCCAUUGUUUUACUGAAGUCAUUGGGUGCUCUGCUAUUCUUGGUCACUCAAAUACUUAUCCAACAAGCUCUACAAAUUGCAUAAGAACAUCUAACUCUAUAGUAUGCUUUGAAUCUCAGGAUUUAAACAGUGCUUACCAAAGUUCGCAAAAUAUGUAUAAUCAUCUUCAACGUCGAAAAACUGCAUGUGUCUCUGACGCUUCUGUGCCUUCCAGUGAUGGAUGUGAAUUCGUAUAUGACAGAACCGAAGUCCAAUCCUCAAAGGUAAAAAAUAUCACUGUACCAUCCGUUUAUCUACUAAAAGAAAUCGAUUCAUCCAUGUUUGGAAUUAAACACAAUAUUGUAAGAGACAAGUUUUUUAAUGAUGAUUAUACGUGUGACCCAGAUCCAAUAAUCAUGGGGUCAGGAAAAAUAUCAACCACUUCCUCCUUGGGAAAAAGAUCUUUGAAUGUUUACUCCAGUCCUACUGAUUUGGAGAAUUCUAUUCAUCCUAUUGAACCAAAACAGUUAUCACCUAACUAUAACUAUUAUUUACACAAAACUCCAGUAAUUUCUAUAGCUUAUCCUACAAAUGACCGUAAUAAGAAUGCAGUGUUACUUCAAGAAUCAAUGAAAAAUACCGAUAGGAAAAUCUCAUCACAAAAUUUGGACCCGAGGCAUCACUGGAAAAGUAAUGCAACAAAUUCAACGACUAAAACUAAUUGUUUUCCAGUGGUUGAAUGUCAAGAUUCUUUUGGGUCGAAAUGUAAGCGGAAGGGUUCAAAAGUUCUUGAGCGUGGUGGUAAGCGUCAUAGAUCAUUAAAUGAUAAAAUCCGUGAAAAUAUUUCAAAUCACUCUCCUGCAGAUGCAUUAAUGGGUCCUGUUUUUUUACAAAAUGUCAAUCGUUUUCUGCAAGAUCCUCCACUCCAUCAUUCAUUCGACUUAUAUCCACCGAUUCCUUCACCAAGGUUUCCUCAAAAUCGUUUUUCGGGGAACUACACUAAUGAUGUAAAUAUACGAGGCCGGAAGUACUUUCGUUUUCCUUUGUCUUUAUGUAAACCUGAAUGUAGACCUAUUCCGGAUGAUAUUAUUUUGCGAUUCUUAGCUCAACGUCCUGAUACCGAAGAAAAAAUGAAUAGUUUAAAUCAUGAAAAUUUUUUAUCAGAUGCAUAUAAACGCACUUUUAGUCGAAACUCCUAUUCUAAUUAUAUUUCUCCUUCUCCUGUAAACCAAGUAUCUCCCCUCGACCUCUUAACAUCAAACCAGCCCUGUGACAUGUAUACUAAUGGUUGCAUAACACCUCCUCUUUAUCACAAAGUCAGCGACAAACAUUCUCUUGGAUCCGGGUUCAUAACCGGUCACAACUCUAAUCAAAAGUAUUGUGAGGAAGUUAUUUUAUGUAAUCGACUUAAUGGCGAAGCACAUGAAACCUGCUCGUAUUGUAAAAUGCAAAUAAUGUUACCUCAGAAGACAUUCAAAUGGAAGUCUCACGAUAAGGAAAGCUACUUACCAUUUUGCAGUUCUAGCUGUUUAGCAAGGUUGAAACGACAGGGACCUAACUGUAUGACGUCAUUUGUUCCUGAUGCCAACAAUUUUUAUAUUCCCAUUACAGUUACUCCAACAAUCGAAUCUCAGCCGCUUAUCAUCUUAUUAGUUAAAAGUAAUCAUCCUAAACGUAUGAAGCAAUCUUCUAAACGUCUUUCUUCUCAAGAUUUACAAGUUAAUUUCAAAAGAAGUCCCAACGAAACAUCUAAUCGUAUGUUAUUUGGGGUUAGCUCUACUGUGAAACGAUGGCGUAAUAUUCGCUGGCGAAGACUUAUUGGUAGCCCACCAGUAUGCUCAUUCAAUGUUUUGCGAAGCUCUUCUGAUUUGCCCAUGUCCCAGAAAAGUUUUCUAUCUAAAAAAUUUUCAUGUAUCGACACUCGCGUAUGCCAGUUAUGCCAUCAAAUAGGUGAUGGAUCAAAUGAUGUAACCAGUAGAUUGCUUAACUACAAUACCGAUAAAUGGUUACAUCUAAACUGUAUACUUUGGUGUUACGAAACCUAUGAAACAGUUAGUGGCUCGUUAAUGGAUGUACCUUGUUCUUCGGAAAAGGCCUCGAAAACUCCUUGCACCUAUUGUAAAAAUCUGGGAGCUGGCUUACCCUGUUUUGAUUCGGAUUGCCAAGCCGUAUAUCACCUACCAUGUGCCUAUCAAAUCAAUUGUUCUUUUCACCCUGAUCGAGGAAUGUAUUGUCCGUUACAUCUUAAAAGUGCAAGUAAUAUACCCCACCUUGAUAGCUUAGCUGUUGAAAGAAAGGUUUACAUUUCCAGAGAUGAACAUUCACAGGUUGAAAAAAUCAUAUCAGAUGAAGAUCAUUUCACUUCAAUGCAAAAUGUUAAGGAACCAAAACUUAAAUUACGUAUAGGAACAUUAAUAUUGCAUCGAAUAGGCCAGUUGCUACCUGAACAAUUAGCUAGUGGAGUUUUCCAUACAUCGAAUUUCAUAUAUCCUGUCGGUUACUGGACCUCUCGAAUUUAUUGGUCUUUUCGUCACGUGGGUCAGCGUUGCCGUUAUGAUUGCCGAAUAGAAGAUUCAGUACGGCCAGAUGAUGUAAAUCAGUCCCUCGUUGAUCCUAUUUUAGUAAAGUUUACUGUAGAAGUAAUAGAACCAAAUGAAGAAAAAAUCUUCUUUGAAGAUACGACCUGCGAUGGUGUUUGGCGGAAAAUAAUAAAUCGUAUAAAUUCGUCACGCAAAUGUUCGUCGUUUUUCCGAAUUUUGCAGGAUAACAUACAAGGUGAGGUGUUAUAUGGUCUUACAGAGCCUCAUAUUAUUCGAGCGAUCGAAUCUUUACCUGGUGUAGAUCGUCUGAGCAAUUACCUUUUCAAAUUUGGUAAACUGCAGUUAAUUCAGGAAAUGCCUUUAGCAAUAAAUCCUACAGGCUCUGCUCGAUCUGAACCAAAGCUUCGGACUUAUAUCCGGCGCAAGUCUACUGGAGAUGUUAACACUUGUCCGUAUAUUGCCCACAACCACGUUUUUCUUGAAACUCCUGGUCAUCCUUACAGUUCAGAUAUCGGAAGUCCCACUUACCUAAAUUCUCUGUCUCCGAGCAUGACCAGCAAAUCUCAACAGUAUCGUCGACUACGUUGGGAUUGGAAAACAAAUGUCGUCUUAGCGCGAUCUCGAAUACAAGGCCUGGGAUUGUAUGCUGCUCGUGAUAUAAGUAAAAGUACCUUCAUUAUUGAGUAUCUGGGAGAGGUCAUUCGUAACGAAGUAGCUAAUCGAAGAGAACGUUUAUAUGAGUCGCAAAAUCGAGGAAUAUACAUGUUUCGGGUCGAUGACGAUUGGAUUGUGGAUGCAACUAUGUCUGGUGGUUUAGCUCGUUAUAUUAAUCAUUCUUGUGACCCUAACUGUACUGCAGAGAUACUCCACUGUGAUAAUUCUAACCACAUAGUGAUAAUUGCUAGUAAAAACAUCGAAAAAGGUGAUGAAUUGACAUAUGACUACAAAUUUGACCUAGAAGAAGAUCGUUGGGAUCGGAUUCCAUGUCUUUGUGGUUCAAUUAAUUGUCGAAAAUGGAUGAACUGAUAGUUAUUUGCUUUAAUUUCAAAUAUUUCGUACAUAUGUUCUGAGGUUGUGUUGUUGAUGAUGCCGUUUUCACAUUUCUGUAAAUUAUCGAACUGCGCCUAUAUAUCUCUUACCUGAAAUACUCCCUGUACUUUUCCAACGUUUAUUUACUAUACUUUCAAAAUCAAACUUUCAGAUAUUUUUGAGUUAAUUUUGUUUUUCUUCAACGUAGUUCACGUUCUCUAUAAGUAUGGUCGCAUUUUCUUUUUAACCUAUGUGAUAUUAUUUCCGUCAUAUAAUCGCCAAAUUCAUUUAGUUUAAUCAAAUUUCAGAUUUUCUUUAUGUACAUAUUGAUCCUUUGAGUUUAUGUAUAAAACAUCUUAUUGGCUGUGGGUUUUGUUUAUUUAAACUUAUGUUAUCAAUUUCUGUAUUAUAAUUUCGAAAGUUAUAAUAAAAUUGUCUAUCAAUCCUAAAUUCUUGAAUGGUUUUUUCUAAGUUUGUUACUGUUUGAAUAUGUACUGAUUGGUUUGCAUUUUGGUGAUAUUUCAUUUAACUUUGACUAUAAAAUGCAGAUUCCGUCCAUAUCCUCAGUUUAUCAAAUAUCCUCUUGUUUUUUAUAUUAUAUAUGAUCCUUGAGGUUUGAUUUAACCUGAAUUAAAAUAAAUAUUCCUGCAUUCAACUCAAAUAGAGCCCGCAGAAAUAGUAAUGUAUUGCAACACUAGUGUGAAAUUUUCAUUUAUUAGUGUUACCGUAAUUAAUUGUUACGUAGGGGCUCGAUACAUAACACUGGUCAUGUUAUUGAACUUUGUAAGAAUUUGGUAAUGGCUGUGUGAUUAUUUUAUUGUGGCUCAGUAAAUUGGUUUUCUUCGAAUUGUAAACAAAAUAUAUCGUAUCCUUGUUUUGUAUCUAAAGUUAUUGAGGAAUAACAGCAACAUGACCACCUUGAGUAUCAUGAUGAUAAGUUAUAUUAUUAUAAAAAUCUGGAACAAAGCAUGAUUUCUGUGAUUACAUUCCAAUGUCAAACUGAUUCCCGUAACUCUGAAAGUAAUUAGUCACUAUUUAUCAUGCGUAACCAUUACCAUUUUUUCAUAUGAUGGGGUGAUCUACAGUAAUCUAUUUUUGAUUAUAAAUUGCAUUUACUUACGUUAGCUUUACCUCAAAAUAAUCGCAUCGACUUCUUUAUUAAUUAUUCCUUGUUUAAUAUUCCGUUUUAGUCAACUAUUUUGUAAACUAAUAAUCUCACUGAUCCCCACAAACGUAUUUCACUUUGAUAGUUAGCAUUUUAUAUCUAAAGUUCCAUGUAAAGACGACUGCUUAUAUUGAUGUUUGGACUAUGUAGAAUAUUAAGCCUAAUGGUUAGUCGUUUGAAACUAAUAUGUCUUGAUAAUAAUUCUCAUUGUCUUUGAUACACGAGAAUAAAUCAUAAUUAUCAUACAUACUUUGUCGGGCAAAUAAAAGUGAAAGCAGUAGUAGUAAAAUAUAGAUUACUUUUUUGUCACUGUUAAGACCGAUGAACUAUUGGUUUUCGGAUUUGACGAUGUUACCUUACAUUACGUGUUUUUAUAUUCAUAUAAUCAUGAUCUUACGUGACUUUUGUUUACUUGUGAAUCUGUCGUUAAUUUCUUAUUCUGUUAUACAUUAUAGUUGACAAGAUGCCAGAUUUGAGCACCAAUAAGAGUUCAACAAAGACUUUGAUAUCUGCAAAAAAGAACCCUCUCAAAAGUACACACAAGGUUAGCCACUCUUCAAGUUCCAGACAACACGACAGAAAAUAUUCCCAUUCUAAGAUUACUCGAAGUCCACCUAGGCGACGUGCUAGACGAAGUCGUACGUCAACAUCCAGUUCCUCAGAUUCCAAUUCGUCAUCAUCUGAUUCUGACUCAAAUGACUCUUCGGCAUCGGACUCCUCAAAUUCAUCGAAGGGAUCCAAAAAAUCUAAUCUUGUCCCAGCUUCGGAUACAAAAAACCUUAGUGAACGUCCUCAUCCACCCGGUCAGUCAAGUUCUAUCCAUUCUAAAGUAAGCGAUAAAACACAACAGAUGUCUUAUAAAUCAUCGGAACCUGGUGAUUCAAAGAAAAAAGUAGUCAGUGCAUUAACUUCUAAGGAUGAACUAAGCAAACCUGAGGGUAACCCAAAAUCAAAUUCAACAGAUCACUUAUUAAAAGUUCCAGAUACUUCAGCUGUUACUGGGUCGACACUUUCGUCUUCAAUGCAGGAUUCUGACGAUAAGGUUGCAGAGACAUCGAAAAAUAAGAAUCGGGAUAAAACAUCACAUAAUAUUGUAUCAAAGUCAAACCAGGAGAACAAUGCAGAAAAACCUCUUCCUAAUAACAAUUCUGCAUCCGAUAGUCGGUUUACUCGUGUACUUAUUGAGAAGUUGACUAAAAAUAUAACAAAGGUUCAUAUUCAGGAAAUAUUCUCCGUAUGGGGAGAAAUCCAUUCAGUUGAUCUUCCACCUGAUCGUAUUCACCCGGAAUUUAACAGGGGGUAUGGUUAUGUUGAGUAUGUCGAUUCCAAGUCAGCCAGUGAUGCAGUUAAUUUCAUGAAUGGAGGACAAAUAGAUGGACAAGAAGUAAGAGUUUCUGAAGUUCAUUCUCGAACGGCACACCUAAGUGAUCGUGCAGGCCGUUCAGAUGAACGAACAGGCUACAGAAAAAGAGGCCAUGAUUCAUCAAAGCAUGAUCGUGCAAGGUCACAUAAUCGCGAAGGUCAUACUUCAAAAACAUUUAAUGAUUCCACAGAACAUAAUCGUGUGAAAGAAGAUUCUGGUAAAAAACAUGCUUCUCACAAUCAUUUUCGAACUCAUGAUAGGCAAGAGCAUUCUCGAAUUCGAGAACGCAUUAGGGAUCGUGAACGUGAAAGAACACGUGGCAGUCGUCUAGAUAAUGAACUCAAAAGAAACCGACGAGGAAGCAGUGGCAGUCCAUUUGCAAGUCAUUCAACUAAUCGACCUCGUUCUCCUCUUACGGGAUCACGUUACCGCAGACCUAGUCCUCCAAGCUCUCGAACUGGCCCUAAACGACCUAGGUCCCAUAGUCCUAAAGCAAAAUUACAAUCAACUGCUGGUCGAGGUGAUAAAAAACCUGGAGAUGUUAACCGUCGUGAUAAGAAAGCAUCUUCCCGUUCAUCGUCUUCGUCUUCUUCCAACUCAGGAUCAUCUUCUUCCUCUUCAUCAAGUUCAAAUUCUGGUUCUAGUUCAUCCUCUAGUUCAAGUUCUUCUCGCUCACAUUCUUAAAGGGCUCGCCGUUUUUAAAUUUCGCCAUAGAUCCUAUGAUGAAAUGAACAUGUUUUUUUCGGAUGUCUGCAUUUCUCUGUUUGCACAUAACUGUCAAGUGUAUUUUAAUACUUUUAAUCUUGUCGAAAUUACACUUGUUUUGAAUUUACAUUUACUUAAUGAAGUCAUUCAUUAGUUUAUUAGACGGAUGCUUAUGAAGCACGACUUACUUCUUAUAAGCAGAUUUACAUGGUGGCUAGCAGUGGAAUCCAGGAUGCGUGUUUUGUCCUAUUUGGGCCUCGCUGUUUGGAUAUGCCUUCAUCCCAAAGUUGGUGUUCACUCCGGGAAUCAAACCCAAUAUAGUUUGCUUCAAACACCGCGUUAUCCAAUUGGCUACUUAUAUCAGAGAACCAUUUGCUUGUGCGAUAGAGUGACGCUUAAUUCAUGUAUAUUAGUUGUUUGAAUCAUCCGAUUGAUGCUCAGGGCUAAAAUUGACCAAUCUCUAAUGCACUUUAUACAUAUUCUAGUAAAAUUUUACGCCAAUUUACCUGUUCAUUGCUUAUGUGAUUUCGCAGUUUUGUUUGUGGUGCUUAGAGCUUAUUUACCUACGCCUAUUACCCGUUUCAGAGGAGCAUAGGCAGCCCAUCCUGGUUCUCCAUCGAACUCUGUCCUGAACAGACCUUUAUAGGUACUAUUCCUUCUUUUGAUACUUGCCUCCGAUUUCCGACGCAAUGGUCUUCCUCUUCUCUUUUCCCCUUCGGGAUUCCAAAUUAGGGUUUUACUCUUGAUGCAGUUUGAUGAUUUCUGCGAUUAAUGUACUGUUAGUGACUUCAUCAAGAUUCCAAAGAAAGGAGAUCUGAGCAAAUGUGAAAACUACAGAGACAUUAAACUACUGUCAGUAUAAGCGGAAGUCUUUAAUAGCGAGUUGCUGAACCGGAUGAAAAACGCAGUGGAGCGUCAGCCAACAAAUCCUACCCACCUCCAACAUCUUUUCUUAAUUUUCAGUUUAACUGAAAGUCGAUUGGUUCUUAGCCAUCUCCGGUUGUUGCUGAUGGUAUCUAGCCCAAGGACAUUGAGUAUCUCGCGUAGAUAAUUGUUUAUAAAUACUUGUACAUUUAAGAUGACGGUCGUAGUUCUGCACGUAUCCACUCCUUACAGUAGAACCGUCUUUACGUUCGUAUUGACUUGUGGCUCUGGUUUACAAUAUUUCACUGCCAGUUGCUUUGUUGUAUCAUAUAGUAGUUGUCUCAUAUUUCCUUGUGUUGUAGCCUUCUCCGCUGUCAUUGCUAAGUGUUCCAUGUAUUUCUGCUUGUUGGUUGUAAUGCUCCUCUUCACUCUCUUGUCUGGUUCUGUGUAUUCAAUCUGUGCUCUGACUGUCUCUGCUGUUGUUCAGCUGUUACUAAUUGCUGUCUUCUUGUUCUUCCUUUCUUGAAUCUUGUCCAAGGUAUCAAUAAGUGUCUGUUCCUUAUGAUGAUGCUUGUUGCGGCCUAGAACCUAUUUGAACUGUGGAGUUAGUGCAUCUUUGAUCCGUUUCCAGUUGUUCACCAUCGUAGUCUCCUCUCGUUUGAGUAGAUGCUGUAGUACUUGUAACCUGUUGUUGAGUUUGUCAGUAUGUCGAAGGAAGGCUGUAUUGAACCUUUGUAAUGCUGUUUCUCCAGUUGUCCAGUAGUUCUUUAGCUUGAGUUUCAUCUUGGCAACCACCAGGUAGAUGGUGAUCUAAAGGUGUGCAGCUCGUCUCUUUGCUCUCAAGUCUCCCAUUGAUCUUCUGAACUCUUCAUUGACGCAAAUAUGAUCGAUCCUCCGGUAAGACCCAUGUAGGUUUGUGUAUACGUUUGUGGAGGAAUACAGUACCACGUACAACCAUUCAAUUGAAUGCAGGUAAGUUAGCAAAGAUCUCACCGUUUUAACCCUUUCCUCUCAGUCAGUCCAUGUCGUUCCAUAAUAUCUUCAUAGUGAGUGUAGUCCGAUCCGACUUUGCAUCUAAGUAUCCAAUUAGGAUGGUUAGGUUCUUUCGCAGUCACUUCUCUACGGUCGACUGAAACCUCACGAAGCUGAUGUUUAUCGCCUUCAUUGCUAUCAUUGGUGAGUGCACAUUACUGGAUAACAUUGAUUGUGUUCACCUCGUUCUAUGUUUUGAAGAAUGCUUUGAUGAUUCUGGAUCAUGAGAUACCCAUUGUAUGAGUGCUUUUCGUGCUUCUUUGUAGAGCAUCAGUGCAACUCCUUGUGUGUUCAAAUCGUUUUCUUCAUACGGAGAGAACAAGAACUUCUCUUUCAAACCUAAUCCUUUCAGUUUGAGUACGUUGUGUUCAUUUCCACAGCUAUUUGAUUGACCUUCACUGUUCCCCACAUUGUCCGGACAUUCCAUGUGCCUACAUUAUUUGUUGCUCUGGACGUUAUAAAUGGCAUUGGCUUCUUGACGUCUGAGGAACCUUGGCUUUCACCAUGAAGCAUAAUCCUUAUGAAAGGAGAUCCUCCCACUCACACGUUACAGUUUUGAUGGUUUAUAUUAUUUUUCUGGUUAGCAUAUUAAAACAAGUUUGUUUCCGAUGGGAUGGGGUUUCGGACCCCAUGCCCAACCUUCCUGUUUUAUACGGGCUUGCGAUCAGCGGUAACCCUGAAAGAGCUACAGGCGGAGUUGUGGUGCAUAUGGGUAGGAUGAAAAAUUUAUUGAAAGCAUUUUAGAGAAUGUAAUAUACUUAAGUGCUAUAUUGAUUAGUGGUGCAUAAGUGUUUCUUCUGAGAAUGAAGUCUGAUAGUAAGCAAGCGAUGAACUGAGAAGAUAAACUACCGAAAUAAAAUCUUUCUUACUGGACUUCUAAUUAUCAACUUCAUUGUAAAUACGGAAAAAGUGCAAGUGUAAUAGGCUAAGGAUUUAUUUUCAUUUUACGCUAUAAUUUUUUUCAGGUCAUCAGUUUACAAAUUGGUGGUAUAAAAUACUCUUCGCAUUUCUCAAAUAAGUAACCGUGAAUAAACUCAGGAUGAGUGGGAGUUUUGAAUGUGGUAUUUCUAGCAGAAGUCCCCCAAACUCGAAUAUCGUGAACGCAUAUAAAGUUAUCAUAUUGUGCUUAGAAUGAAGCGAGCAGCGAUUUACAAAGCAAUUAUUAUUCUAUAUGAACACCACCGCUCGAAUGAAGAUCUGACUCAAACUCCAUUCCGACAGAACAAGAUGUUAUUUCCUUCCUCUAAAAUCAUUAUAGUUUGCUCAUUAGGUCUGUAACGAUUACAGUUAGACCACCCACAACGCCGAAUCACCCUGUUCAAGUAUCUACGACAAAUGUAUAACCGUAAAUUAGCCACUAUUAGCAUGCUAGAGUGCACGGGUUCUUGUCGGUUGCUUCUGACAGUUCGCAUGUCACUCAAGAGCUUAGUCGUUUCCUCGCAUUAUCAAGGUUUAGUUUAGGCUAAUAAUUCUCCUUGAAGUAACUGCAGCCAUCUAUAAAAGUGAUGUGCAUCUAUUACGGGUUUUGCGAAAUCUCGUGAAGUAACAUUUAGGUAUCGUGUACAACGUUGCGUGCGUGGUAGAUAUAUCCAUUUUGGAGAGGGUUACUCAGUUCAUUUACGUAUCAUAUCAAUUAGUUUUCACAGUUUGAAGCGAAAAUCAUUCAUAAGCGUUAAACUAAAUGAAUUGUAGUGUAUCAGUAGACAUGAUAUUGAAACACCACAGGUCUGUCAUUAAUUUGAACAUAUGUCAAGCUAUCGCUAAUUUAAUUUGUAAGUUUAAUAGGUACUGGUAAAUUAAUGAAGUAUCUAGACCAUGUGUAUGUGCAGGAAUUUCUUCAGGAAAGACUAGUAAACAAUCUUUUUCAGGAUAACGAUACCUAGAAGAUGAUGGUAGUGUGCAUUUGUCGCUAGUUUGUCUCUAAGUCAACAUUAUUUUCUUUUGCCUUAAAUCCUUUUCACGUUUUUUCUGAAGUGGGUUUUACAUCAGCCACUUGAAAUUAUUGUCUCAGGAUAGCAUCCCGUUAAAAUUAUGAAGAAAGUUGUGUCUACAACUUCAUAACGUAAUAUAUCUAUUCUGAGAAUCUAAUUGUACGUCAUCUAGUUAAUUCAUGAAACAGAAUAUAU